CUUUGCAAGUGCGAAGCCCUGAGUUCAAACCUCAUCUCUGUAAUCUUGGCUGAUACUCCGGUGUUCGCAAGUCCUCACUGUUGGAGUGUGCCAUGUCUACAGAUCAUCUAUUCGCUAACAUUUAUUUGUAAUCUGUGCUUUUUUAGGUUUUUUUUCUUUUUUCUCACAGUGCUGGGGACAGACCCAGGCCCUUGCACAUGCUCAGCAAGCACUCUGCCACUGAGCUGCACCCCCGCCUGGUGUGGGGCAUUUAUGAGCCAGGUGACCUGGGACAUUUCUGUGCAAUUGUUUAUGUGGACGUUUUCACUUCUCUAGAGUGGAAUUGUUGGGCCAGGUAGCUGGCAUACAUUUAACUUUAGGUAAUCUGGGCUUUUAAGUAUCUUCUGGAAUGAGGCGUCUUGCAGAGAGCCAUUCCAGGGAUGCUUGGCAGUUGAAGAUUGCCAGGCCACAGGCUGUUCCUCUGGGAUUCUCUGACCUUCCUUUCAGAAGCAAAAAAUGGCUGCUGAGUGCCUGUUGUGUCAUCAUCCUCCAACUGAGGAAGGAUCUGGCUGGCCCCCGAAAGGACACUCUCCAAGUCCCCAGCCGGGGGACCCGUGUAGACCUGGAGUGGACAGCCCCUCCUUCCCUUCAUGAUUCGUUUGUAGCACAGUGGCGAUGGAUGAUGAGGAUGGGAGAUGCUUACUAGACGUGAUUUGUGACCCUCAGGCCCUCAACGACUUCUUGCAUGGAUCCGACAAGCUGGACAGUGAUGACCUCCUGGAUGCCCCCGUGGAGGCCCAAAGUGCCUUCUACGAAGGUCCUGGGCUCCAUGUGCAGGAAGCUUCCGGCAACCACCUGAGCCCAGAGCCCAGCCAGCCAGCCCCCAGCGUGGACCUGGACUUCCUGGAAGAUGACAUCCUGGGUUCACCCGCCACGGGAGGCAGCGGCGGGGGUGGUGGAAGCGCUGACCAGCCCUGCGACAUCCUCCAGCAAAGCCUCCAAGAGGCCAACAUCACAGAGCAGACGCUGGAGGCUGAGGCUGAGCUGGACCUGGGCCCCUUCCAGCUGCCUACCCUGCAGCCUGCGGAUGGUGGGGCUGGUCCAGCAGGUGCUGCCGGGGCGGCUGCUGUGGCCACAGGACCCCAGGCUCUUUUCCCGGGCAGUGCUGACCUGCUGGGACUGCAGGCACCACCCACCGUGCUGGCACAUCAGGCCCUGGUGCCACCCCAGGACGUGGUCAACAAGGCCCUGAGUGUCCAGCCCUUUCUGCAGCCUGUGGGCCUGGGCAAUGUGACCCUGCAGCCCAUCCCUGGCCUCCAGAGCCUACCCAAUGGCAGUCCUGGGGGCGCAACGGCAGCCACACUGGGCCUGGCACCCAUCCAGGUGGUGGGCCAGCCAGUCAUGGCACUCAACCCACCCACCUCCCAGCUCCUGGCCAAGCAGGUGCCUGUCAGUGGCUACCUGGCCUCAGCAGCUGGCCCCUCAGAACCAGUGACCCUGGCAUCAGCUGGCGUGUCCCCCCAGGGGGCCGGCCUGGUCAUCCAGAAGAGCCUCCCGGCCGCAGUGGCCACCACACUCAAUGGGAACUCUGUGUUUGCCGGGGCAGGGGCCGCCACAGCAGCAGCUGGCGGGGCAGCCUCAGGACAGCCACUGGCAGUGGCCCCAGGCCUUGGCGCGUCAUCACUGGUGCCAGCGCCCAACGUCAUCCUGCACCGCACACCCACGCCCAUCCAGCCCAAGCCGGCCGGCGUGCUGCCUCCCAAGCUCUACCAGCUGACACCCAAGCCGUUUGCCCCUGCGGGUGCCACGCUCACCAUCCAGGGCGAGCCGGGGGCCCUCCCGCAGCAGCCCAAGGCCCCCCAGAACCUGACUUUCAUGGCGGCCGGCAAGGCAGGCCAGAACGUGGUGCUGUCAGGCUUCCCAGCACCAGCCCUGCAGGCCAACGUGUUCAAGCAGCCCCCGGUCACCAGCGCAGGAGCUGCCCCACCGCAGCCCCCCGGGGCCCUGAGCAAGCCCAUGAGCGUCCACCUUCUCAACCAAGGCAGCAGCAUCGUCAUCCCUGCCCAGCACGUGCUUCCUGGCCAGAACCAGUUCCUGCUGCCCGGCACGCCUGCCGCCGUGCAGCUCCCCCAGCCGCUCUCCGCCCUGCCCGCCAAUGUGGGCGGCCCAAUCCUGACAGCCACAGCUCCCCACGCAGGCGGACAGCUCAUUGCCAACCCCAUCCUCACCAACCAGAACCUAGCCGGCCCACUCAGCCUGGGCCCUGUGCUGGCCCCUCACUCGGGGGCCCACAGCACGGCCCACAUCCUCUCGGCUGCCCCCAUCCAGGUCGGCCAGCCAGCCCUCUUCCAGAUGCCUGUGUCACUGGCCGCUGGCAGCCUGCCCACGCAGAGCCAGCCGGCCCCCACUGGCCCCGCUGCCACCACUGUCCUCCAGGGUGUCACUCUGCCCCCCAGUGCCGUAGCCAUGCUCAACACCCCCGAUGGACUGGUGCAGCCGGCCACCCCCACCGCCACCACUGGGGAAGCCACCUCUGUCCUCACGGUGCAGCCCGCCCCCCCGGUACCCGCUGCGGUCAGCACACCGCUGCCUUUGGGCCUUCAGCAGCCACAGGCGCAGCAGGCUGUCACCCCACAGGCCGCCACCCUGCCUCAGGCCACCACCCCACAGCCCAGCCCAGGCCUGGCAUCCAGCCCAGAGAAGAUCGUCCUGGGACAGCCGUCCUCUGCAGCUGCCACAGCCAUCCUCACUCAGGACUCUCUGCAGAUGUUCCUGCCCCAGGAGAGGAACCAGCAGCCCCUCUCCACAGAGGCCCCUCACCUCUCCGUGCCUGCCUCGGUCAUAGUCAGCGCCCCGCCUCCCGCCCAAGACCCAGCCCUGGCCAACCCCACCGCCAAAGGAGCUGGCCUCGGCCCUCAGGCCCCCGACAGCCAGGCCUCCCCGGCUCUGGCCCCCCAGAUCCCCGCAGCAGCUCCACUGAAGGGCCCCGGCCCCGCCUCGUCCCCAUCACUACCUCACCAGGCUCCCCUGGGAGACAGCCCUCACCUGCCCUCCCCGCACCCAGCCCGGCCCCCUUCCCGCCCGCCCUCCCGCCCCCACUCCCGCCCUCCCUCCCAGCCCCAGAGCUUGUCCCGCCCGCCCUCCGAGCCGGCCCUGCACCCCUGUCCCCCGCCUCAGGGCCCCCCCACUCUGCCUGGCAUCUUUGUUAUCCAGAAUCAACUGGGCGCCCCCCCACCCUCCAGCACCCCAGCCCCCACUGCCCCAGGCCCACCCCAGCCCCCUCUGCGUCCCCCCUCCCAGCCACCCGAGGGACCGCUGCCCCCAGCCCCCCACCUUCCCCCGGCCUCCACCCCCUCUACUGUGGCCUCCUCGUCUGAGACGUCCACCAGGUUACCAGCCCCCACGCCGCCCGACUUCCAGCUGCAGUUCCCGCCUGGCCAGGGGCCCCACAAGUCCCCCACUCCCCCACCGACCCUCCACCUGGUCCCCGAGCCCGCAGUGCCACCCCCACCGCCUCCUCGGACCUUCCAGAUGGUGACCACCCCCUUCCCAGCACUGCCCCAGCAGAAGGCGCUUCUGGAGAGAUUCCACCAGGUGCCGUCCGGGAUCAUUCUCCAGAACAAGGCUGGGGGAGCCCCUGCCGCGCCGCAGACCUCCGCCAGCCUGGGGCCCCUGGCUAGCCCCACUGCCUCAGUGCUGGUCAGUGGGCCGGCCCCACCCGGGACCCCCACCGCUGCCAGCCACCCCCCUGCCUCGGCACCCAUGGCCACCGCAGGCCUCCCUCCUCUGCUUCCUGCCGAGAGCAAAGCUUUUGCCAGCAAUCUUCAGACCUUGAGUGUGGCUAAGGCUGCUGUGCCAGGGCCAGGGAAGUCCUCUGGGCUGCAGUAUGACAGCAAGUUGAGCAGCCUGAAGAAGCCACCCACACUGCAGCCCAGCAAGGAAGCCUGCUUCCUGGAGCAUUUGCACAAACACCAGGGCUCCGUCCUGCACCCUGACUACAAGACGGCCUUCCCCUCCUUCGAGGACGCCUUGCAUCGUCUCCUGCCCUACCAUGUCUAUCAGGGUGCCCUCCCCUCCCCCAACGACUACCACAAAGUGGACGAGGAGUUUGAGACUGUCUCCACGCAGCUGCUGAAACGCACCCAGGCCAUGCUCAACAAGUACCGGCUCUUGCUCCUGGAGGAGUCCCGGAGGGUGAGCCCCUCGGCAGAGAUGGUGAUGAUCGACCGGAUGUUUAUUCAGGAGGAGAAGACCACCCUUGCCUUGGACAGACAGCUGGCCAAGGAGAAGCCCGACGAGUAUGUGUCUUCCUCGCGCUCGCUCGGCCUCCCGGUCCCAGCCGCCUCCGAGGGUCACCGGCCCCCCGGCCACGGCCCACCAUCGUCGUCCUCCACGUCCUCGGCGCCACCCCCGCCGCACCUGCCCACUAAGCUCGUGAUCCGACACGGCGGGGCGGGCGGCUCCCCGUCGGUGACCUGGGCUCGGGCAUCGUCCUCCCUGUCCUCGUCGUCCUCGUCCUCGUCCUCUGCCGCCUCGUCCCUGGAUGCGGACGAGGACGGCCCCAUGCCCUCCCGCAACCGGCCGCCCAUCAAGACGUACGAGGCCCGGAGCCGCAUCGGCCUCAAGCUGAAGAUCAAGCAGGAGGCGGGCUUCAGCAAGGUGGUGCACAACACGGCGCUGGACCCGGUGCACCAGCCGCCGCCGCCGCCGCCGCCCGCGCCCGCCGCGCUCAAGGCCGCCGAGCCGCCCCCGCGGCCGCCCGCGCCGCCCCCGCCGCCCGCCGCGCAGAUGAACGGCUCGCUGGAGCACCCGCCGCCCGCGCCCGCGCCCGCGCCCGCGCCGCGCAAGCCCGCGGGGCCCGCCGCGCCCUGCCCGCGCCUGCCGCUGCGCAAGACCUACCGCGAGAACGUGGAGCCCGCGCCGCCCGCCAAGGUGGACGAGGCCACCAGCGGCCUCAUCCGCGAGCUGGCGGCCGUGGAGGACGAGCUCUACCAGCGCGUGCUCAAGGGCGGCCCGCCCGAGCCCGCCAACGCCGCCGCCGCCGCCGCCGCCGCGCCACCCGCAGAACCCGCCUGGGACACCGCCCCGCUGCCCCCCGCCAAGCGCCGCAAGUCCGACUCCCCGGACGUGGACCAGGCCAGCUUCUCCAGUGACAGCCCGCAGGACGACGCGCUCACCGAGCACCUGCAGAGUGCCAUCGACAGCAUCCUGAACCUGCAGCAGGCCCCGGGCCGGACGCCCGCAGCCCCGUUCCCGCACGCCGCCCGCGCCCGGCCGCCCGCCGCGCCCGCGCCCCUGCACAGGCCCGAGGCCUUCCCCGCCGCCAGCCACAACGGCGGCCUGGGCGCCAGGACGUUGAACAGAUAACAGCGGGCCACCUCAGCCUCCUGGGGACACAGCCCGCCGGGACCCGCACCCAGACCGUUCUUCUUGCCUAAGUUAUUUGAGUCACAAAGGCCGCCAACCCGCUCCUGAUUCUGAUUCCGCGGCUGUUGGGGUCCGGGUGCGGCCUGGGGGUGGGGGGGUGGCUGCAAUGUAAAGUGUUCCCCUGCCAAAAGGGAGGGGCCUUCCCAUCCCGGUGUCGCCGUCCUCGUGCGGGGGACACAGUGUGUGCACCAGGCUCGGGGUGUGACCUCGUGGUCACGGUCAAGGGCGCCCCGAGCCAGGAGGGCCAGCAGCCUCCCACCGGCCCAAAACAGCAGGACAGGGGGACAGGGGCGGGAGCCAGUGCGCCCUAGCCUGUGUGUGUCACAUCCAGUCCUAUGCCUGUGUCGUCCUUUGUGUGUGUGUGUGUGUGUGUGUGUAAGAGAGAGAGAGAGAGAGAGAGAGAGAGCGCGCGCGAGAGACACAGAGACAGGUGUGUGUGUGUUCCCGGCCCUCCACGUUGAAAUCCCAGCAUCAGACACCCGGGUCUUCCUCCACCUCCCCAGCUGUCUUCCCUCCAGCCGCCCGCGCCACGUUUUGAAAUCUUGGAGACAAAACUAGUACUGUAAGAUAAUUUUUUUGUACUGUAUUUAUUGUGUAUAACGAUUUUUUUAAAGGAAAAUUCUGUACAUUUAGAACUCUUGUAAAUUAAAAACCGAUCCUUUUUUUA